AUGCGUCGUUUUUUCAACUCGCCCCAUGACGAGAAGAAUGAAAUCGGCCUCCCGUCCCUGGAACACGGCUACGAGCCAGUUGGUAACCAUACCGGCGUGCUGGAAGGUACAAUGGUUGUUUACGAGAUCCUCCAAGUGUCCAGAGACGAGAUCAGAAUGCCAAACCCAAACCUCCCAUCGAUCGUCCACAACGAUCGUGACAUCAAAACAUUUUCUGACUUCAUCGGCGGCUCCAACAUCAUUACCAAGACUAUACUCUCAUGCCUCUCCACCGCCUUUGGGCUGAGUGGAGAAGCCCGCUUCGAGAAUGCUCACCGCAACGAGCACAAAUCUAAUUCCGCCCUCGCCAUGAUGCGGUACCUGCCUGGUGAUCCAAAAUCGAGCAAGGAAAUUGGUCAUCAGAAACACACGGAUAUUGGAUCACUCACUCUCCUCUUUUCGGAACAAUGGGGGCUUCAAGUUCUUCCACCAGGCUCUGAUACCUGGGGUUUUGUGGAGCCCAAAAAGGGACACGCUGUUGUCAACGUUGGAGACUCGUUACGCUUUGCUUCCGGUCACAAACUUUUCUCAUGUAUCCACCAGGUUGUCCCAAUUGACAACGUUGCAGAUCGGUAUAGCAUUGCUUUCUUCCUCCGCCCAGAAAACCACGCAAAAUUUUUGGAUAGUCAGGGUCGAUGGGUGAGGGCGGAUCAAUGGCAUGAUGAGAAGUUUGAUGUGUUUAAAGCUACUCAUGCAGAACAGAAGCUGGUGAAUUCCAUGUUGGUUGGAGGGAUGGAAGGAUGA